CAACAAGAAGAAUUAGAGUUAGUAGUGAGAGACAAACCGUGGUGGAAGGUCGUGUGUAUGUGAAGCUAAACAUUUCUGGUGUCGCUGGCAGUGAUAUAUCAAGUGGUGCAUAAUAAUUCUUUUGUGCUUGUGAUUAAGGUAUACGUAAGCUUAUCGCUGCAGUGAUACAUAUCAACUCGACGUAAGAGAGCCAAGGAAGUAGGCAACAAGGCAUACCUGUUAUGAACCUUGCCCUGGCAGUGCAAUGAGUGAUUUCCUACUUGAGUUUUGUGACGGUGGAAUGAUGAUGGACUGCGGUAAAGGUGGUGUGCCUAUUCCCCGAGGUCCAGGGAACAGACCUCCACAGGGCCAUCACUUCCAAAGUCUCUCCACAAUGGUCCUACAGAUGGAUGACCACAGCCCAGUCCCAAAUCAGCAGUCAGGAAACAGCUUAGGCCCACAGUGGGAUAGCAACAUAACCUUUUCUACCCCCAUGUAUCAAGACAAUAGUGGUCUCUCUCCAAUUGGACCAAACUCACCAUCUUUGUGGCCACCUCAGUCUAUGGACCUUGACCUGGAUAUCAAACUGGAGCCAUUAGAUGACCUGCUUGGUGUUGAUGACUUCCUACCAGGUCACACACUUGGCUUAAAUUCAACAGAUGACGCUUUGCUCGAUGAUGUAAACUUUGAUGAUUUACUUAUGCCAGAGCAGUAUACCAGUACAGGAAUUGAUCAACCAAAUUCACCCCUCACCAUGGUGUCAGUGCACCCUGAUGAAGUAUUGGGUGUCAACAAGGGAUUUUCUACACCAACAUCCAAUUACAUGUAUACAUCAUUAUCAUCUCAGCCAAUUAAAGCAGAGAGUACAUCAUUGUUCUCUUUGCUGGCUUCAUCAUUUCCUCCUCAAGGUGGAGGCUGGCGUGAUCCACUUCUCACGUCAUCAUCAUUUCCCGGACAACCGGCCAACAAUCAGCUAGGGAGCAUAGAAGAGUGCCCAGGUUCAAAUCAACAGCAACAAAAUAUAUCUCAGCAGCAUCACAGUUUGAAUCAGGCUUCAGGCUCUACAUCAGCGCUUCAGGAAUUACUCUUGCGAUCCCCGUCUGCCCCACUUUCUCCCAACAGUGUAUCUUCGCAACAGGGUGUGCCAUCACCACAAGAACCUCCCAUGGGACAGUCCGUUCCACGACCUACUUCCCUCUCGGCUGCCAACCCAUUGCUUUCUGCUCGGCUCUCGUCCUCGGCACCUUCUCGAAACUUUUCUUUAGAACAAGCAUGGCAAAGAAGAGAACCAAGACAACACCUUUUGUCAACUGGUUCUUUGGCAGAAGAAUUUGGUGGUUCUGCUUCAUCUCUUAGUACAGUUGGAGGCAUUUUGUCUCCAGGUUGUCACGAUCUGUCCAUAGAUGAAGGUAUUGACUCAGAUGAUGAAUCGGACAACGAACACUAUGACUCCGAGUCUGAUAAUGACUCAGUAGUGAGUGAAGACACAGGCAGUCUCUCAAGUUCUCUGGGGAAGAAAGAGCGAUACUUCUGGCAGUAUAACGUCCAAGCAAAGGGACCCAAGGGGCAGCGUGUGAGCAUUAACCAACAGCAGCGCGACCCUCACAGUUUGCCGACGAUCAUGGAUCCAGUCUUUUCUCCUCUCUGCUCCAUCCAGGGGAUCAAACACAGCUUAUCUUUAACCCACAGCGGAAAGGCCCGGAGGGGUGAUGGCAAUGACCUAACCCCCAAUCCUCGUAAAUUAGUCAACAUUGGCCGUGAGCUUGAGAAACUCAAUAAGACGAUCAAUGAUAUGACGCCAGUGUCAGAACUCCCAUUUAAUGUGAGGCCCAAGUCACGAAAGGAGAAGAAUAAACUGGCAUCACGGGCUUGCCGUCUAAAGAAAAAAGCCCAGCAUGAAGCUAACAAGAUUAAGCUCUAUGGACUAGAGCAAGAGCACAAAGGAUUGAUAUCUUUAAUCGAUGACGCCCGAUCAUCGCUAAUAAGAAAGGUGGAAAUGGGAGCGAGUGGUAAUCUGCCCAACUCUGCAUCACCACACGGACAACUCCAGUGUCCUCCCAGUACGUCUCCCCAGAACUCACAGGCGCACUUAUUGCAGCACUUGGAAAAGCUCGUUAAGAUUAGGAACAAACACAGGAUUGCUGGUCACACAACAGAAUUUGUCAACAGAGUUAUUGAAAACUGUCAAAAUGGAGACUCAAGUGGUGGUUUGAAGGAAAUAACAGAAACCUUUAGCAACACCAACCUGGCAACCAGUCCCUCAUCUGGUGUUAGUGUUGGUGGUUAUUCGCCUCGCUGAACCCUCUCCGACCCACGGAGAAACUCGACAUGCUGCAGUUAAAGGUGCUGACAAAUACCCUUCAUUUUGGCACCCCUCAUGAAAUAAGGGCAAGCAGAUACCCAAGCUUUAAAAUAAUAUUUGGUAAUUUAUCAUUAUCCAUGACUAUUCAUUGUUCAAGAUAGCUUAGAGAUGCAUUAGAUGCCAUUGUUCACAGUGAAACUGUGAUCAUACAUUAUUUCUUAGCCAUGCUUAUAGCACAUGGCUUAUAAGCAAACACAGAAUAGUGUUUUAAUUUCUGUGGAAGACAAGAUCAUGAAGUAAAAAACCAAACAAAGGAAAAAACAAAAAAAAGGGACCUUUUUCUUACUUGGUGAUGAGGCACACCAUGAAGAGGUGGUGAUAAGGUAAGACUAGGCAUGCUCUGUUAGAAGAUGAUAGGGUUAGCCAACGUUAGCUUUCCCGCAUGAGACAUAGGCUGUGACAGUCAGAGGAACGAUUAAAUUGCUACAAAAUAUGGAAUCUAUGUUUGUUGUUAGUUUUAGGCACAUAUAUAUAUAUAUAUACAGGUAUAUAUAUAUAUAUAUAUAUAUAUAUAUAUAUAUAUAUAUUAUACAGUAUAUCCAAUGGGCAGUAUAUUACUCAAAAUUGUAUUCUAUAGAUUUUGUUUGGUUAUCAAUAGUUUGUUGAUAGGGAUUGAGAAGUGAAGGGAGCACAUUUAUUUUAUUACCAAUUUGGUUCUUUAGCCAAAUUCCAUUGCAGCAGCACAUGGCGUUUGACUCGUUUAAAUCCUUUUCACAUUCACUCGAUAUAGUCUUAUUCAUUUCCUUUCAUUUCAUAACUUAAUUUCUUCAACGAUUUUGUCCUGGCUCCCGUUCAUCCCUUAUGUAUAUCCAGUAGUGUCUAUGGCCCAGAACUGCUACUCUGGUCUUUUACCGUUGGAGUGUAAGGCUGGUAGUAUUAUAGCACCGCUUGCAUCCAGGAAAAAAUAUCUAUGCUGGUUUUAAAAUUAACAGUAAAAUAUAAUUGGUAGUUAGAUAAUCAUCCAAAUACUGUUCUGUACAGCUGUUAACGACAAAGAGUAUAAAUACGUUUUUAUAUAUAAGAAUAAUGUAUGGUUUGAUUCAUUGAUUAUAUCAAUGUGUACAUACUGUGUGUAUAUAUAUAUAUAUAUAUAUAUAUAUAUAUAUAUAUAUAUAUAUAUAUAUAUAUAUAUAUAUAUAUAUAUAUAUAUAUAUAUAUAUAUAUAUAUAUAUAUAUAUAUAUAAUUAUGACGGACUAUAAAAUUCGUUGUCUCAGGUAAAUUGUGACACAAUAGUAUAGUCCAAACAACCUAUAUAUAUGGCUAAGUGCUUGAAGUGCAAGAAUUACAAUGUGGUAUAUGAGGACAGAUGGCUAUAUUGUCAUUGAUGAUGUUGGUGCUACAGGUGUGUAGCACAGCUGCCCACGUCCCAGCUCUAACACUGGAAGUCCUAUUAGUAAACUCCAGGUGAGGCAUUUACUGACUAUUUUAAAUAUUAGCACAAGUUAUUGCAAAUCUGUAUUUUUGGUUCCUUAAUAAUAUAAUACUUUUAGCACUGUUUGAAUUUACCAAUAUUUACUCGAGGGCCAAUAUCCAUCUACUGGCCUCGAUGGGGACCGAAAGCCAGUGGGGUGUCAAAGGUCCCCCCCAUUGUUCCUGAUGAUUUUUUCCGACUGGAUUUUGAGUAAUAUAUACUGCCCUGAGGUCCACCAACGCUUGUUCAUUUGGUUAACACUGUUGCCAUUGUGGAGAUAUUGUUGUGUAUUGUGAGUCAAAUGAGAGCAGGAGCUUACUCCAGUUUCAUAUAUUAUAUACAUUUAUUUUUGUUGCAGCUUUGGUGUUUUGUUGAUAUAGACUACAAACUAUUCUUAGUUAAGACUGUAUGUAUGGUGGUCUGUAGCAUUCCUGCUGGUUGGUAUUUAUAUUAUAAGUAAUUUUAAGGUGUAUUAAACUAGACUUUUAAAAUGAAAAAGCAACAGUGAAUGUUUAUGUGCUAGUAGAGGACUUGCCAUACCCGCCCCCCAUGUUUAAUUUGUAUAUUGUCAGUCAUAGAAACAUUAACAUUUCUGAACUGAAGAUAUGAAAUAUGUGAGCUGAUUUUUGUAAAUAUAGUAGACAUUUGGCCUUUUGACUUGUCUGCACACUACAAAGGAAACUUUAUAUGCUAUGUAUCUAAAAUAGACUACUACCUCUACUUACAAUUUUAACUAUCUUUAAUAUAGUUCCAGUGUAUUGUAAAUAUCCAACUAGAUAAUUAUGACGGACUAUAAAAUUCGUUGUCUCAGGUAAAUUGUGACACAAUAGUAUAGUCCAAACAACCUUAAACGUUGCAAGGUAUUACAAGUAUCUUUCCAUGGUUCACCUAUUUGAAAUUGAAUAUCUUUGCUUUGCAGAUACAUUCCUUUCAAUCGGUGAUGGAAAUAAAAAACAAAAAACAAUUGUACCACCCUCUUCAGUGUGUUGGAAACGGUGUGCUCGAUUCCAGGAGAGGCGGAUGAUGUUUUUAAGUCUGUAACUUACAUUGGUUCAAACCCUAUACUAUAUAUGGCAUAAUAUAUUGCUUUUUGUUAGUGUUUGGUAGAUAAAACUUUGUAAUGCUUUAAAGAAAUAUUAAAGAUUUAUUUUAUAAUAGUAA